CCCCAUCUAAACAUGGAGAUCAACAGUUCUGCGCUCAAGCUUUUUCACCUCUUCGACGACGAGGAAAGCGACGUGCUUGCUGUUUUAGCGGCAUAUGCCACCGUUGUCCAACCGCUGCCAGCUGCGCGCGGAUCAUCUACAGGACGAAGCGCAAACGUAGACCGAGAAGCCGUAGAGGGUCAUCGCCGUCUUGUUCAAGAUUACUUCGCUGAAAACGCCAUCUACAACGCUCAAACUUUCCGCCGGAGGUUUCGCAUGCGUCGGUCUCUCUAUCUACGCGUUGUUAGUGCUGUGGAAACCCAUGACCGUUACUUCCAGCAGAGACGUGAUGCUACGGGCAAGCUUGGAUUCUCGGCACUUCAAAAGUGCACCGCUGCCAUCCGUCAACUCGCCUAUGGCAUGCCUGCUGAUGCUGUUGCUGAGUACGUCGGCAUCGCGCAGACUACUGCGAUCAAAAGUUUAAAGAGAUUCUGCACUGCGGUAGACGAUGUGUUCGGCGAGGAAUACCUGCGGGCACCAACGGCUGCUGACGUUGAGCGGCUUCUGGCUAUGCAUAACAAGCGCGGCUUUGUUGGCAUGCUAGGUAGCCUAGACUGCAUGCACUGGGCUUGGAAAAACUGUCCAACCGCGUGGGCAGGACAGUACACAGGCAAGGAAUCAAAACCUACAAUUGUUCUGGAAGCAGUCGUAUCGCGCGAUUUAUGGUUCUGGCACGCAUUUUUUGGCAUGCCUGGAUCUCAUAUUGACAUCAAUGUACUGGACCGCUCGGAUCUCUUCUCAAGAAUUUCCAAUAUGACUGCACCUCCGUGUGACUACGUGAUCAACGGCAACUCCUACGACAUCGGCUAUUAUUUAGCGGACGGAAUAUACCCACCAUGGGCAGCUCUAGUACAAACAAUUUCGAAUCCGACGGAUAACAAGCAAAGACAUUUUGCCAAAUCACAAGAGGGUGCUAGGAAAGACGUUGAGCGUGGUUUUGGAGUUUUACAGUCACGCUGGGCUAUUGUGAAAGGGCCUGCGCGAUUUUGGAGCCACAAGGAUCUCUGUAUGAUCAUGAAAGCGUGCAUUAUCCUGCACAAUAUGAUAGUUGAAGACGAACGAGGCGAGGGUCUGCCAUACGUCUACGACAACGCCGCUCCACUUGACCCGUCACGAGAGACUACCAGCGAUUUAGAUCAUUUUAUCGCUCGCCACCAAGCUUUGCGCAGCACACAACAACACCUGCAACUGAAAACAGAUUUGGUGCAGCACUUGUGGGAUCUCAAAGGUAACCAUUCAAUAUAGGGAUCUGACCGUCACCUCUGAAAUAUACGAAACGAUCAUAGCAC